CUGCUACCACCACCAUCCUCUUUUGGAAGCCAUAACAGCUCAAGCUCAAAUUCAAACAUGUCUAGCCCCAUCAGUGAAACCUUCAACACCAUUGAGGAGUCCCAGCCCAAUGAGGUAGAGGACAAGGGAAGCCCAAUGUCAAUGUCUGAUCAAGAAGCACAGGAAGUUGCUGCAAUUGAAGAAAGUUACGAAGUUAUCGCCAGCAGCUUUGGGGAACUUGCAGUCACUCCCUUGUAUGCUGACUCGCAGGCUGAUGACACUUAUGGUGAACUGCCUGCCAAUCAGGCUAGCCUCACAGCCGUAAAGGAGGCAGAAUUGUCAGACUCUGAGUCUGAGUCUGCCACACGCGUCGAAGUUAUGAAGGCCAGGAAAGAAGGAAAGAUGCGUGCUGCCAGUGUCCCAAGUGAUGAAGAGAGUGAGGCACAGAUGACUGAUGAUGAAGAGGAGAGCAGCACAGAGGAGAGCAGCGCAGAGGAGAGUGAGGCGCAGAUGACUGAUGAAGAGGGGAACAACGCCAACGAGAGCAGUGAGGAGGAGGAGGAGGAGGAGAACAUGAGUGACUCCAGUGAAGAUGUUGCACUGAUGAGCAAGGUAAAGAAAUCUGCUUCAGUGUCUGUGAGACUAACUUCUGUGCUUGACUAG